AAGAGAAGACGCAACGGACGCACGCAAAGGCGGAGGCGGAGAGGGCAGGGGCAGCACCGUCCACCCCCACCAUUUCUUCCUCUUCCUCCUCGCCUCCACCCCUUCCCUUCUUCCAUCCCCUCCCCACCGGGCCACCUCUCGCCCUCUCUCCCGCGCCGAUCGAUCGGCCCAUCCAUCGAUCGAGCACGGGGCGCAGCUUCCAAUCCGGAGCGGUUCCUCCCGUUCGAUACUUCGAUUCGAUCGGGCUGGUUGAUUGCUGCUCUGGGUGGGCGCCAUGGCGGCGACGGAGCCCUUCGCAGAUAAGAACGCCGUGUUCCGCAAGCUCCGCGCCAAAUCGGACAACAAGAUGUGCUUCGAUUGCAACGCCAAGAACCCGACCUGGGCGUCCGUCACCUACGGCGUCUUCCUCUGCAUCGACUGCUCGGCGGUGCACCGCAGCCUCGGCGUCCACGUAUCCUUCGUCAGAUCAACAAAUUUGGAUUCGUGGACUCCAGAACAGUUAAAAAUGAUGUUUUAUGGAGGAAAUAACCGUGCACAAUCUUUCUUUAAGCAGCAUGGUUGGACAGAUGGUGGAAAAAUUGAAGCAAAAUAUACAUCAAGAGCUGCUGAUUUGUAUCGGCAGUUGCUUGCUAAAGAGGUUGCUAAAAGCUCCACAGAAGAUGGCAACAGUAGUUGGCCAUCUUCCCCAGUUUCAGCUUCCCAGGCCCCAAAUCAAACUGCUGCAUUUUCCGAUCUCAAGCUGACAGAGGCAUCAAAAGAAAAUGCAAGUGAAAAGACUGAGCCUGAGAUUGUCCGUUCACCUAGAGCUCCAACUCAUUCUUUCAAAAAGCCAAUUGGUGCGAAGAAACCUGGAAAUAAGACUGGUGGACUUGGGGCGCGGAAGCUUACAUCAAAGCCAAAUGAAAGCCUCUAUGAACAGAAGCCCGAGGAACCAGCUCCUGUCCUGCCAUCGGUUACUGAGAGUACUAUAACUAGGAACAAAUCCUAUACUUCACGAUUUGAAUAUGUAGAAAAUGCACCUGCUGCUAGAACUGGGAGAAGUUCAGAUGAUAACCAGAUGAGUGGACAUGUUGCACCCCCAAAGUCUUCGAACUUCUUUGCUGAAUUUGGGAUGGACAGUGGAUAUCACAAAAAAUCCACAUCUAAUUCAUCCAAAGUGCAGGUUGAGGAAAGUAGUGAAGCUAGAAAGAAAUUCUCAAAUGCAAAAUCAAUUUCGUCCUCUCAGUUUUUCGGUGACCAGAGCAGUUUUGAAAAGGAGGCUCAAGUUUCUCUUCAGAAGUUUUCUCGUUCCUCUUCCAUAUCAAGUGCUGAUCUAUUUGGCCGUCCGGCGAACAAUUCCAGCGUUGAUCUUAAUGCUUCAGAUCUGAUCAACAGAAUCUCAUUCCAGGCCACACAGGACCUGUCAUCUCUGAAGAACAUGGCGGGGGAGACGGGGAAGAAGUUGACAUCUAUGGCGUCCAACAUCAUCACUGAUCUUCAGGAUCGGAUCCUCUGAGCUUGACUUAUAGUGGAGUCUCCUUUACGUUGCUUCAGUGGCCGGCUUUACUCGUCAACUGGGUGGCAAAAUGCCCGGCCCGGCAGAUCUGUAUAGGAGUUAGGCGUCUGAAAACCAAGUGGAACUUAGAGAAACAGGAAGGAAAGGAACCUUAUGCGAAUGCUCUACUGGCUGAAGUCAUGUAUGCAUCUGGAGCUGUAACAGAAACGUUUUUUUGCCGUUGGUUUUGUCUCUGUUUCAGAAGGAACUCAACGGAACCUAAACAUAUGUAUUAUACUUUGCUUUGUAAUGACCCCUGCAUGAGCAGUUCCCA